CAAUAAAUGGCUGCUGUCUGCUGACAUGUGAAAUGACAAACACGACGAGAGUUUACAAAAUAAGUCAAAAGUUAUAAAAUGAAUGCUGGAGUAGGGAACCUGUCGGGUAAAAGUAAGCACUGAAACCCAACCAGGGCCCAAUUUCAUGGAAUCGGUUGAAUUGCCAUCAUGAUCUUGAAAGGCUGAGAGGAAUAUUGUCAUUAGCAUUUCCAACAAAUGUCACAAUGCCCAAACAUGCCAAAGAGAAAAAAGUGAAGAUUGUGUUGGUUGGGGAUGGAAAUGUCGGCAAGACCAGCCUGUGCCUCUCCUACACCAUCGAUCACUUCCCCUGGGGGUUAAUCCCCACUGAAUGUAGCCUAUAUUCAUGCAACGCGGUAGUUGGAGGGAAGCCUUUUGCUCACAGUGUUAUUGACACAUCUAACCAGGGUGAACGCUAUUAUCAACUGAGGCCUCUGAACUAUCCAGGAACGGACAUCUUUAUGAUGCUUUUCUCUGUGGAGAACCGGUCUUCUCUUGAAAGCAUAGAAGGAAGAUGGCUACCAGAGAUCCGCCAUCACAUGCCCGACACUCCAAUUCUUCUUGUUGCAACAAAGAUAGAUCUUCGCGGGAGUUCCCAACAUGAUUGUAUCACAUUUGAAGAGGGCUUCAACUUGGCACAGAAACAUAACUUUGCAUAUACAGAGACCAGUGCAGUACUCAACACAAAUGGAAAAGACCAUGCGGAGCAACCUAUUGGUUACUGUGGUCCUAACCAUGAGGAAGUCGAUGUCUUUCAUCUGUAUUUCUCUGUUCGGUGCAAGUCUUCCUUGGCGAAUGUUGAAUCUCGAUGGAUUCCAGAGAUCCGCCAUGCCAUGCCUGACAUUCCAAUCCUUCUAGUUGCAACCAAGAUAGAUUAUCCUUGGAGUGCCCAUCGGAGACGCAUUGUCUCAUGUGAUGAGGGCUUGAAGGUGGCCAAGAAACACAACGUGGGAUACACUGAGAUGACGGGGUUGCUGAACAUGAACCUAAAGGAUUGCUUUGAGAAGGCAGUUUACAUCGCUGAUGAGGCAAGCAAGCCACAGAAGAAGAAAGGUUUUGGGAGAAGGAAGCAGAAAGCCCGCCCACCUGAGCAACUCCCACCUGAGAAACCCCCACUAGAUGAAGCCCCACGGAUUGAAAUCCAGACAUCAACAAUUGCAGGGGACUUAGGCAAGGCGUUGGAGCAGCCAUCUUACUCUGACGUCACUUUCAUCGUUGAAGGGAAGAGCAUCUUGGCUCACAAAGUGAUGCUGUGUAGUGCAUCCAACUUCUUCUGCGUUGUCUUUGGCCUGAAACCACCAGACCAGGAUACAGGAAGCGGCUCCAAAGUGUGGAACUUUACCUGGGAGGACAUUAACGAGGGCAAGAUCGCCGGUCUAGCUGGUAUCCUUGAUGUAGUGACCUCAGACGGUAGCUCAUGUGACAAACCUAAGAGCCAGGUUACAAUCAGUGAAGACAUCUCUUACAAGACCUUCCGCCAUGUCUUGGAAUUUCUCUACACAGAUCUACCCAACAUCCCAGAGGGAGCAAGUGCAGAGGACAUAGUGGCUUUACAGAUGGCAUCCAGCACAUUCUGUUUGCCUAUGCUUGAUAGCGUCAUCAAGAACUUACGGAAUGUAGCGGAGUUUCUGAAUCCCAGCAUCGGGACUUUCCUGAAUGACCAGACAGGACAGAGAGCCAAGCGGUUGUUCCUCAACAAUCAGGAAUUGUCCGAUAUCAGAUUCAAAGUCGAAGACCAGACAUUCUUUGUGCACAAGAUAUUGCUUACAUCCCGCUGCGAAAUAAUGGCCCGAAUGUUUAGUGGCGUCUUCACAGAAAGCAACAAAGAAGAGAUCAGAAUAGAAGACGUGAGUACGGAGUGUUUCCUAGCCCUCUUGGAGUACCUGUAUACUGACCACGCCCCUAUAGAGGAGGGAGAUGCCGUGGGCAUCAUGGUAGCUGCCGAUCGGUACGGCCAAGAACGACUGAAGAAUCUCUGUGAGUUGUACAUCACCAAGGGUGUGGAUGUAGCUGUGGCAAACAGCAUAGCAGAGGCACAUGUGGAUGUCAUUGGACUGCUGCACACUGCUCAGAUGUACAAUGCAACCCAGCUGGCCACAUGGUGUCUUCAUUUCAUCUCAAGUAACUUCAUGGCCUUCAAGCAGCGGGCGGAGUUUAAGACGCUGGAGGGGGAGAACCUGAAGUAUAUCAGCGAGAACCGCUGGCCUCCCGUCAACUACCUAGAAGAACUGGAGAAAUACAACGCCAAUUGCGGGCAGAAGGAAGAGAAGAGUUAAACAGUUCAGGAGAAAAAAGAUCUAUGCAAAACCUGUUUUGGUGCUAUUUUGGCAAUUUAUUUUUAUUUUUUAUUGAAUGGGGGCGCUAUUACAAAUUAGCCACUUUUGGGAAACAAGCAAUUUGUGAGCCCAGAAUAUGCAGCUGACAGGACACCUGAGCUAGGUCUUGGUUCAUCUUUACUUUGCAGGAGUACCUGCAUUGUACUCUCAUUGUCAACAGGGGCGGAUCCAGGAAUUUUC